AUGGCGAGUGUGGACUUUGAGUUUGACAAUGCAUGUGUGAAAGUGUUUGAAGAGUUAAGGAGAGUUCUUACCACGGCACCAAUUGUGCGAGGCCCCAACUGGACGCUGCCAUUCGAGAUGAUGUGCGAUGCGUCAAACCAUGCUGUAGGUGCCGCGCUUGUACAGCGCGAUGGUAAACUCCCUUAUGUCAUUGCUUACUCUUCUAAAACAUUGGAUGCAGCACAAUCCAACUAUACCACUACGGAAAAGGAACUCCUAGCUAUUGUUCAUGCUUUAGAUAAAUUCAGAUCUUAUUUGCUAGGGUCCAAGAUAGUGGUAUACACGAAUCAUGCAGCUUUAAAGUACUUAUUGACAAAGAAUGAGUCAAAACCUAGACUCAUACGUUGGAUCUUGCUUUUGCAAAAAUUCGACAUUGAGAUUAGGGAUCGGAGUGGAUCUCAAAACUUAGUUGCGGAUCAUUUAAGUCGCCUUGAGAAUUUGAAAUUUGACCCAUUCCCGAUCAAUGACUCAUUCCCAUUGGAUAGUUUGCAUGCUGUGUCGGAUAGCUUUCCUUGGUUUGCCCCAAUGGUAAACUACUUGGUUGCAAAAAUAUUCCCUCCCAACUUUUCUAAAAACCAAAGGGACAAGUUGAGGAGUGACUCCAAAUACUACAUUUGGGAUGAACCUCACUUAUGGAAGAGGGGAGUGAACCAAUAUCAGAAGUUGGGAAACACGUCCCAAAGGGAUGAGAUGCCUCAGCAACCUAUGUUGUUCUGUGAGAUAUUUGAUGUAUGGAGCAUUGACUUUAUGGGACCGUUUCCCAACUCAAGUGGGUAUCUAUAUAUUCUGUUAGUGGUUGACUACGUGUCAAAGUGGGUAGAAGCAAUACCUACCCACCUUGACGAUGCCAAUACCGUCAUUUCUUUUAUUAGAAAUCACAUUGUAUGUCGUUAUGGGUCGCCACGAGCAAUCGUGAGUGACCAAGGAUCCCACUUUUGUAACAGAAAAGUAGAGGCACUGCUCAAGCGCUAUGGGGUAUUGCAUAAGGUUGCCACUGCUUAUCACCCACAGACCAACGGGCAAGCAGAAGUGUCCAACCGGGAGAUUAAGAGAAUCUUGGAGAAAGUGGUAAAUCCACAAAGGAAAGAUUGGAGCUUCCAGUUAGGAGAUGCACUAUGGGCGUAUAGGACGGCCUACAAGACUCCGUUAGGGAUGAGCCCCUUCCGGAUCGUCAAUGGUAAGGCAUGCCACCUGAAAUUGAGCAUAGAGCCUAUUGGGCGGUAA